UUUUCUCCGGCGCUUAGGAAAUAAAGGGGGAUCUCGGCGCGAAGGAGGAUGGGCGAUGGUGGAAUUCACUUACUGUGCCUUACUGCUAGCAGUGGGGUUCCUCUGUAUUGCAGAAGUAGGGGUACUUCCAGGCAGUUACCUUUUUCGGUGAUAGGUUCUUUGAAUGGCGUUCACAUGUUUGGCAGUAACCAGGAUGUUCUGCUGGCUGGCACAAAUACUGAGAAUGCCAAUGUUGUCUGGAGGGUCUUCAGUGACAGCGUCACUCUGAUAGUGUUAUCUCUGUAUGAAAGUGCAACUGAUGUUUACCUAAACAAGCUGUUGGAAAAUGUCUUCAGUGCUAUGGUACUUUUGGUUGGCCUUGAGGACUUGGUUAAUAUUAAGAAUGUGGAGCGUCUAAAGCGAGAUCUUCGGGCUUGCUACAAACUCAUCGACAGUUUUUUAGAAAUGCCAGAAAGAACUGGAGACCUAACUCAGUGUGUGGACUGUGUGCUGGUUCAGGAUGGUAGUGUUUUACAGGAUUGCCUGGACACUUUUACACAAGCUGCUCAGUCUAAUUUUGGCUGCAUUAUGAUGUCGGGGAAAGUUGUUGUAGCAACUGAGAAGUGGUGGAGGCUCGCACCGCAGGAUGUUAUGAUGUUGGCAUGGCUAGUUGCAUCAUUAAUACCUUGUACAUCACGUGACUAUCCUGUAUAUCUGCCACAAGGAAGUCCUACGGUACCUCAUCGGUUGCUCACAUUUCUUCUGGUUCCAGGUGUGGAGGUGUGCAUCCUUUGUGGACCUGUGCCCUCAUUGCAGGAAGUAGAGAGAGAGUUGGUAGAGAGGUUUUGGAAGCCCCUUGCAGAACCUUUGAAGGCCUGUCUCAGAAUGCAAGUUCGAUCAUUCCCUGCAUCAGUCCCUUUGGACAGAGGCAUUAUAGGGUUGCUGUUGAUAAACAGAGAGCAAAGUAAGUGUUUGUACACUGUUCAGGCAAAUCCAAGUGAAGAUGCAGCAAGACAGGAUAUAUAUCUACCUCUGGACAGACGAAGAACCGCUUUACGUUCUUUCUACACUUUGGCGAUAUCCAGAUACUUUCCAGUUGAACGUGAUGAUGGAAAAACUGCACAUUAUGAAGAAUUCCAGGCAGGCUUUACUCACCAUGCUGUUCAGUGUUAUACUGUUUCUGAGGAUCAUAAAUGCUAUGGACUGCAAACAGGCCAGCAUCAGCUUUUCAUCCUGUUCAGGUCUGAAGUCCCAACUUUUGCACUUAGAAACAUUGCCACUAAAACAUUACUUGUUUUUACUAAAGAGUGGGCAUUUUGACUGCUGAAUAACAAAGACUUCAGGCCUGAGGAAAUGGAAAAAUUCUGUAAAAAAAAAAAAUGAUGGCUCUUGUUAAUGGACAUUUGUUUACAUCCUGUAUGUUUACAGUCUGUGAGAUUCCAUCUACACGUAUGAAGUGACUGAAUUCACCUUGAUUUUUUAUUAUCGGCUCAAAUGUGUUCUGAAUGAAGAUUCCGGAUGUAUUGCAUGUGAUGGAUAUAUGUUUAAAUUUAUAUGUAUGUAUUAAUGUAUUAUAAGUAUAUAUAUUAUAUAAAGCAUU